UAAAAGGCUUGUGGGUGGUUUGUUUGGUAGUUAAAAUUACAAGUGAAAGCUGCAAGCUCCUCUGCCACUACAGCCAUGGCCUCCAAAUCCUCCAUCCUGCAAAUUCUCGCUUUCAUCUUCAUCUUUUCACCUCUUGCACAUUCCAUACAGUUCAAUUUUCCUGCUGUUUUCAACUUCGGUGACUCGAAUUCGGACACCGGGGGCCUUGUUGCCGGAAUUGGUGAUCGCCUUGAUCCGCCUAAUGGGCAGAUUUUCUUCAAAAGACCAGCUGGGCGGUUCUGUGAUGGCCGCCUCAUCAUAGAUUUCCUCAUGGAUGCAAUGGACCUUCCAUUUCUUAAUCCAUACCUGGAUUCAAUUGGGGCGCCGACUUUCCGAAAAGGGUGCAAUUUUGCAGCUGCAGGGUCCACUGUACUUCCAGCAUCUGCCAAUGCUGUAAGCCCAUUUUCAUUUGGGAUUCAGGUGGCUCAGUUUAUGAGAUUCAAAAUUCGGGUUCUCCAAUUGCUGGAGAAAGGCAGAAAGUUUCAAAAGUACAUUCCUCAGGAGGAUUCCUUUCAGAAGGGACUUUACAUGUUUGAUAUAGGCCAGAAUGAUCUUGCUGGUGCCUUCUACUCCAAAUCAUUGGAUCAAAUUCUUGCUUCAAUUCCAACAAUUCUGGUAGAAUUCGAAACCGGGAUUCAGGAAUUAUAUGACCAAGGAGCAAGAAAUUUUUGGAUACACAACACGGGUCCUCUUGGAUGCUUGACUCAGAAUAUUGCCAAGUUUGGAACUGAUCCCUCAAAGCUCGAUGAAUUAGGUUGUGUAAGUGGGCACAACCAAGCUGCUAGACUCUUCAAUCUGCAGCUUCAAGCUCUCUGCAAGAAGUUCCAGGGCCAGCACCCGGAUGCAAAAGUCAUACAUGUUGACAUCUAUACAAUAAAAUACAACCUCAUUGCAAAUUAUUCUCGAUAUGGCUUUGAGCACCCCCUGAUGGCUUGCUGUGGAUAUGGAGGUCUACCAUUGAACUAUGACAGUCGGGUCCCCUGUGGGAAGACAAAAGUUGUGAAUGGGACUGAAAUCACAGCCAAAGGGUGCAGUGAUAGUACUGAGUAUGUGAACUGGGAUGGAAUUCAUUACUCAGAGGCUGCAAACCAGUAUGUCUCAUCACAAAUACUCACUGGGAAAUAUUCUGAUCCCCCCUUUUCAGACAAGAUGCCUUUCCUUCUCCCCCUCAAGUUCUAAAUGUCCAAUGCCCUUAUUCCUAUUGUUUCAUUCUUUGCUUCCUAAUCUAUUAUUGUACACUGAUAUUUUCAAGAAAUUGAACAAAAUACAAAUCUGACAAGCAGUGCUCAGUUUCAAUGAAAGCUACAAAUGCUUAUAUAGCACUUGGUUCUUUAUUUUAA